CGCGACUUAGUCGCUUAACCCGUUAGCACACUCGCACUUGAGCCCUCGUUCGAGCCAGAAAUGCAGUCCCAAUCGCUCCUGCUGAUCGCAGCCGUCGCCACGUUGCUGGUGGCCCAGACGGCGGCCAAGUACCAGGUGAAGAACCACGAGGACGCCGAGAAGGCCUUCGAAGAGUGCCGCGAGGACUUCUAUGUGCCGGACGACAUCUUCGAGAAGUACCUGGAGUACGAGUUCCCCGCCCACCGGCGCACCAGCUGCUUCGUCAAGUGCUUCCUGGAGAAGCUCGAGCUCUUCUCCGAGAAGAAGGGUUUCAACGAGAGGGCCAUGAUCGCGCAGUUCACGGUCAAGAGCAGCAAGGACCUGUCCACGGUACAGCACGGCCUGGAGAAGUGCAUCGACCACAAUGAGGCCGAGUCGGACGUCUGCACCUGGGCCAACCGAGUCUUCUCCUGCUGGCUGCCCAUCAACCGCCACGUGGUGCGCAAGGUCUUCGCCUAACUGCAAUGUGAUAUAGUCCCCCCUUACUGUACACCUCCGAGAAUAUUGUAGAAAUAAACAAUUUUAGUUUUCAGA